AUGUCCGCCCUCGCACCGCUCAAGCCAUGUGCCGCGCGCCAAGCGCUGUCGCUAGGCCAAACGAGUGCGGCGUAUGUGGCAAGCGCCCCGACCGCGCAGCACGGCGGCGCAGCGAGCCAUGCGGGAGACGCACGGGCGGAACGGGCGCGCGAGCAGCUGUGGGUGGUGGGGGAGGUCGAGGAGUGCGCGGGCGGGGAGGAGGGGGAGCGGGCUGCGAGCGAGUGUGUGGGCACGUGCCCCGACAUGUGCCCUGCGAGGGAGCGCGCGGCGCGCGAGCGGCUGAGGGACCUGGCGGUGUUCGAGCGACGGCGCGACGACCCCUUCAGCACGUCGCCGCUGCUCGCCGUUAAGAAGUUCUCCCGCACCCUGGGCGCUGGCGGCGUGGCUGUGCCGCGCGACGAGAUCCGCCCGCCCGCAGUGCUGAUGCGCGCACUGGCGCACCUCGUGCGCAUCGUUGGGGGGGAGGGGACUGGCGCAGGCCACGGCGGAGGGCGGGGCGCGGAGCGCGGGGCGGUGGUGCUGGGCGAGGGGCGCAUGAGCGAGAGCGUGUACGAGUUUGUGAGCGACCGCAUGCGCGGCAUGCGGCAGGACAUGGCCAUGCAACGCAUCCAUGGCGCCCAGGCCGUGCACCUGCUCGCACCCAUGGUUCGCUUCCAUGCAGCAGCAGCAUACGAGCUCGCCACGGCCCCUCCCCAGGCAGCCCCUGCAGCCGCGCGAGAGGCAGGGACUGCUGCUGCGGGCACGACAGGCAGGGGUGGCAGUGGUGGGGGCAGCAGUGCAGCGUGGAGAGGGAAGGGUGGGGGCAGAGGCGAGGAGGUGGCAUCAGGCGCAGGCAAGAGAGGCACUAUCACUUCCACCUGUGUCCCGUCGUCGCCCUCACCGUCAGCGGUGCAUCGGUUUGACGCGCAUCUGAAUCUGAAGCAUCUGGCGGAGGCGCUGCGCAGCCUGCUCUUCGCCUUCUCCACGUGCCGCCACCAUGCCGCCUCUGCCCAUGCACGCAGCUCUGCACCCAGCAGCAGCAGCACCGCCACACGCGGCACGAGCAGCAGCGGUGGCGUGUGCACGCGCACAGGAGCAGCCACGGACCAAGGCGGUGGGGUGGAGGGGGGUGAGGCGGUGGAUACCUGGGGCGAUGACUCGGGGUCAGUUGCAGAUGCGCAGGGCGUGAGGAGGGCAGCGAGAGGCGCAGCGCUGCAAGGGGCAGGAGCAGGUGGGAGGAACGAGGAGGAGAAAGCGGUGGAGAGCUGGGAGGAGAGAGAGGAGGAGACGUUGGAGGGGGGUCGGGUGGGAAGUACAGCUGGAAUGGCAGCGGUGGAGGCUGGUGGUGGAGGUGGUGGGGAGGAGGUGGAGGAGGAGGAUGAGGAGGAUGAGGAGGGAGAGUUCACGUCGCUGUAUGUGAUACUGCACAUGGCGCCUCACUCGCACAUGCCCACGUGCGAGUCCCUGGCGCCCAUGCUCUCCUCCCUGCGCCCCUCCCUCCUGCGCUCCCCUCACAUGCGCCUCGCCCUCUCCCUGCUGCGGUGCGCCCUCCUGCUGGCAUCACAGAAUCUGUUACCCCUGCACCAACUCACGUCCCCACGUCCCUCACCCACCUGUUUCCCUCGUCCGCUGUCCCCCACCCUCCCAACGCCCCAUGCCCGUUCUUCCCAAUCUCUGCAGCUGCGCUCGGAUUCAGAGGAGCAGGUGCAGGCCCUGUGUCGGCAGCUGGGCAUGCCCCUCACCCCUGUGGACGCCUCCCCGCCCUCCCACGUGCCUGCCUCUGCCCCACCAUCCCUCGCACCAGCCUCCCCCAUGGCCCUGGUGCCUCGGGAACCCCUGCACCCAGCAGUGCCAGCAGCGGUGGGGGAGGGCAGUGGCGGCAUGAUGCCGUGCAGUGUGGUGGACGCUAAGAGAGUGGGCUUUCGCCUUGCCUCGCUCCCUGCUCCCAUGUAG